CAUAUUUAUGCUGCUGGAGGAAAAUAUCAUCACUUUUGUGAGGCACGAACUGAAGAAAAUCCAGAAGGUUUUAAAUCCAGAAUUUGUAGAGCAUCAGAAUGAGGAUGAGGAGUUGCUGCCAGUUGAGGAAGAAGCAAAAAGAGAGGAAAACAGAGAAGCAUUUGUGAAGAUCACACUGCACUUCCUGAGGAAAAUGAAGCAGGUGGAGCUGGCUGACCGUCUGCAGAGCAAAUUUCCCAUCACCUGUCAGCAUAAACAUAAAUCUGCUCUGAAGAAGAAGUUCCAGUGUGUGUUUGAGGGCAUCGCUAAAGCAGGAAACCCAACCCUUCUGAAUCAGAUCUACACAGAGCUCUACAUCACAGAGGGAGGGACUGCAGAGGUCAAUGAUGAACAUGAGGUCAGGCAGAUUGAAACAGCAUCCAGGAAACCAGACAGAGCAGAAACAACAAUCAGACAAGAAGACAUCUUUAAAGGCUCACCUGGAAGAGAUGAACCAAUCAGAACAGUGCUGACAAAGGGAGUGGCUGGCAUUGGAAAAACAGUCUUAACACAGAAGUUCACUCUGGACUGGGCUGAAGACAAAGCCAACCAGGACAUCCAGUUCAUGUUUCCAUUGACUUUCAGAGAGCUGAAUGUGCUGAAAGAGAAAAAGUUCAGCUUGGUGGAACUUGUUCAUCACUUCUUUACUGAAACCAAAGAAGCACGAAUCUGCAGCUUUGAAGACUUCCAGGUUGUGUUCAUCUUUGAUGGUCUGGAUGAGUGUCGACUUCCUCUGGACUUCCACAACACUGAGAUCCUGGUUGAUGUUACAGAGUCCACCUCAGUGGAUGUGCUGCUGACAAACCUCAUCAGGGGGAACCUGCUUCCCUCUGCUCACCUCUGGAUAACCACACGACCUGCAGCAGCCAAUCAGAUCCCUGCUCAGUGUGUCGACAUGGUGAUAGAGGUCAGAGGGUUCACUGACCCACAGAAGGAGGAGUACUUCAGGAAGAGAUUCCAGGAUAAGAAACUGGUUUACAAAAUAAUCUCCCACAUCAAGACAUCACGAAGCCUCCACAUCAUGUGCCACAUCCCAGUCUUCUGCUGGAUCACUGCUACAGUUCUGGAGGAUGUGCUGAAAACCAGAGAGAGAGGAGAGCUGCCCAAGACCCUGACUGAGAUGUACAUCCACUUCCUGGUGGUUCAGGCCAAAGUGAAGAAGGUCAAGUAUGAUGGAGGAGCUGAGACAGAUCCACACUGGAGUCCAGAGAGCAGGAAGAUGAUUGAGUCUCUGGGAAAACUGGCUUUUGAUCAGCUGCAGAAAGGAAACCUGAUCUUCUAUGAAUCAGACCUGACAGAGUGUGGCAUUGAUAUCAGAGCAGCCUCAGUGUACUCAGGAGUGCUCACACAGAUCUUUAUAGAGGAGAGAGGGCUGUACCAGGACAAGGUGUUCUGCUUCAUCCAUCUGAGUGUUCAGGAGUUUCUGGCUGCUCUUCAUGUCCAUCUGACCUUCAUCAACUCUGGAGUCAAUCCGCUGGAACAACAACAAACAGCCUCCCAGACAGAGAAACACCUCUACCAGAGUGCUGUGAACAAGGCCUUACAGAGUCCAAAUGGACACCUGGACUUGUUCCUCCGAUUCCUCCUGGGUCUUUCACUGCAGACCAAUCAGAGUCUUCUACGAGGUCUUCUGACACAGACAGGAAGUAGCUCACAGACCAAUCAGGAAACAGUCCAGUACAUCAAGAAAAAGCUCAAUGAGGAUCUGUCUGAAGAGAAAAGCAUCAACCUGUUCCACUGUCUGAAUGAACUGAAUGAUCGUUCUCUAGUGGAGGAGAUCCAACAGUCCCUGAGUUCAGGAAGUCUCUCCACAGAUAAACUGUCUCCUGCUCAGUGGUCAGCUCUGGUCUUCAUCUUACUGUCAUCAGAAGAAGAUCUGGAUGUGUUUGACCUGAAGAAAUACUCUGCUUCAGAGGAGGCUCUACUGAGGCUGCUGCCAGUGGUUGAAGCCUCCAACAGAGCUCUGUUGAGUGGCUGUAACCUGUCAGAGAGAAGCUGUGAAGCUCUGUCCUCAGUACUCAGCUCUGAGUUGUCUAGUCUGAGAGAGUUGGACCUGAGUGACAAUGAGCUGAAGGAUUCAGGAGUGAAGGUGUUGUGUUCACCCAUCAAGAGUCCACACUUUAAACUGGAAGUACUGAGACUGAGUCUCUGCAACCUCUCAGAGAGAAGCUGUCAAACUCUGUCCUCAGUUCUCAGUUCCCAGUCCUCUAGUCUGAGAGAGCUGAACCUGAGUAACAAUGACCUGAAGGACUCAGGAGUGAAAGCUUUAUCUUUUGGACUUGAGAAUCCACAUUGUAAACUAGAAACACUCAGGUUGUCAGGCUGCCUGAUCACAGAAGAAGGUUGUAAGUCUCUGGUCUCAGCUUUGAGCUCCAACCCCUCCCAUCUGAGAGAGCUGGACCUGAGCUACAACCAUCCAGGAGAGGCAGGAGUGAAGCUGCUGGAGCAGCUGAGACUGGAAACUCUCAGGGUGGAGCCUGCUGGAGUCCGAUGGUUGAGACCAGGUCUGAGGAAGUAUUCCUGUCAACUCACAAUCGACACAAACACAGUGAACACAAAACUCCAACUGUCUGACAACAACAGGAAGGUGACACAUGUGGAGGAGGUUCAGUCAUAUCCUGAUCAUCCAGACAGAUUUGAUGUUUAUCAUCAGCUGCUGUGUAGAGAUGGUCUGACUGGUCGCUGUUACUGGGAGGUCGAGUGGAAAGGAAAGGUUCAAAUAUCAGUGAGUUACAGAAGAAUCAGCAGGAAAGGAAACAGAGAUGACUGUGAGUUUGGAAGGAAUGAUCAGUCCUGGAGUCUGAACUGCUCUGAUAAUGAUGGUUACUCUGUCUGGCACAACAGCAGAGAAACAUCCAUCUCCUCCUCCUCCUCCUCUGUCUCUAACAGAGUAGCAGUGUAUGUGGACUGUCCUGCUGGCACUCUGUCCUUCUACAGAGUCUCCUCUGACACUCUGAUCCACCUCCACACCUUCAACACCACAUUCACUGAACCUCUUUAUCCUGGAUUUACACUCUGGCUUCCUGGUUCUUCAGUGAGUCUGUGUGCUGAGUUGAGUUUAAACAGUGUCUUUUUCCACUCAAAGCUUCACAGUGAAUAUCAGGAUGUUGUGUUUCUCUGAAGCUCAGUUCAGCUCAGAUGAUUCAGUUCAUGUCAGCUGCAGUUAGUUUGCUGC